GCCACACCACCGAAGAAGAGCGCUUUGUUGGAGGCAGGCUAGGGUCGCGGCUUACAAGUUUUUUAGCUCAUCUUAAUUUGAUUAUUGUGGCAUCCACCCCGAAGGAGUCCAGCUGCACCGUCACCUGCACAUUUAAGAAGCAAUUCGCCGACAAUAUACCCCGCACAGUGAUCCAUCUGCACGGCGUCUUAGCGUUUGCUCGACCGGAGAAGAGCGUGCUAACUUCCUUAGCUAGCUGUUAUUGUUAGCUAGCUCCGUGCUAAUAUGUCCGGCGGUGGCGGCGGCGGCGGCGGUGGUGGAGGAGGUGGAGGCGGUGGAGGAGUAGUACGAGGGCCAGCAGGGAGCAACGACUGUCGCAUAUACGUGGGGAAUCUCCCUCCAGACAUCCGCUCAAAAGAUGUGGAAGAUCUGUUUUACAAAUAUGGAGCCAUUCGCGACAUCGACCUGAAGAACCGGAGAGGAGGACCGCCGUUCGCCUUCGUGCAGUUCGAGGACCCGAGGGAUUCUGAGGAUGCGGUCUACGGGCGUGAUGGGUAUGACUACGAUGGCUACCGCUUGCGUGUUGAGUUUCCUAGAAGUGGACGGGGAGGUGGAGGCGGCGGGGGUGGUGGUGGUGGCGGCGGCCGUGAUGGUGGUGGACCAAUGGGACCCCAGCGCGGAAGGCAUGGCCCACCCUCUCGGCGCUCAGAGUACAGGGUUCUUGUGUCAGGUCUUCCAUCCAGUGGAAGCUGGCAGGACCUGAAGGAUCACAUGCGGGAGGCAGGUGAUGUAUGUUAUGCUGAUGUGUACCGCGAUGGCACCGGGGUGGUUGAGUUUGUUCGCAAAGAAGACAUGUCCUACGCCGUCCGUCAGUUGGAUAACACCAAGUUUCGCUCUCAUGAGGGUGAGACUGCCUACAUUCAUGUGAAGGUGGAUGGUCCUCGCAGCCCAAGCUAUGGUCGUUCCCGCUCCCGUAGCAGAAGCCGCAGCCGUAGUCGCAGCCGAAGUCCGAGUCCAAGCCAAAGCAAGAGUGGGUCACGUCGCGGCAGGGGGUCUCCCCGUUACUCCCCUCGCCGUUCCCGCUCCCGCACCUAGAGCCACCGGAGCUAAAGCAAUGAGUUCAGAGGAACAGGAUAGGAUUGGAACAGAGGAAACAGUUCAUUUUAAGAUAAACAGGAGGAGGAGUCAAAUAUGGCACCAAUGGUAUGAUGGCUGUGCCUUGUCAACUGUGAAAUCUGCUUUAUAAGGCUGUUAAGUUUUUUUUAAAUGCACUUGACAAUAGAGUGCUGUUGUUGAAUGUUUUCAGUUGUAACAAGUUCUCUAUACCACUUUGUAUUUGGAGACCCAAAACUUUUUUUUCUUGCUUUGCUCGUCUUCGUCUUUUAGUCUCCAAAGUAAAUAUCAGUAGUUUGGGACAUAUUAUAUAGGGUGUUCCCUGUUUUCACAAAGUAAACUCCCUUGUAGAUGCAUUUACUGACAUUUUAUUUUGGUAUUUUCCGAAGGUGUGAUUCUAACUUGCCUCCUUCUCUUUGGUUCUGCUGGUAUUCUGAAGGUUUGGACUGGGCUCAUUGUCCCCCCAUUCCGGAGCCGGAUCAGGAUUCAGGAUCAGAGCAGGAUUAGGAUUAGGCUUCGGGAUGGAUACAUGGAUCAGGAGCAUGGGAGCAUUUUACCGGGAGAUGAUCCUGACCCCUGGCCCUGUCCACAUAACUACAUCAAAACCGGAAAUAGGGAAAUAUUCAAACUAAAUUGGCUUUCAAAUAAUCCAAAUUAUUUUUUCCUCCAUUUUGUGUGGGACUUCAGAGACACACUAACUGACGGCACUGUGACAAGCCAUUAUUUUACGAUUUUUGUUUUUCUAAAUUAUACAAAAUAAAGAAGCGCAAAGCUCCGCUCAAAACCAGGAGGAGGGCUGGGAGGUGCAGGAUGGAUCCACACGCUUAAGGAGAGUGGUAAAUAGUGGGCGACCAUUAACAGCGGAGGAGGGAGGGAAGAGGGAGGACUGGGACGCGACAAGGGAAUGUGACCUUAAUGUGGUUUGUAUCUUUUUCUUAGGUCAGUCUUUUGCUGCACAGGAUGAUUUGAUUGAUUUUCUUAAGUAUAACCUCAAGUAUCCUAAAGCUUUAUUCUCUUUUAAUAAAAAUUUCAGUA